CGCCGCUGUCACCCGGCAGGCUGGCCGAGACCGGGAGGGAUCCGCACGCCGGCUUUGUUGUGGAGAUCCCGGUUACCUGGCUCUGACCCGCACCAUGGAUAACUUAUUGGACUUGGCCUGAAAGGAGUAGGUUGUGCUGUUGGAGAUUGACCAUCCUGGCCACAGGUUGUUCAGAAUGAAUGGAAGGGCAUGCAGCAUGAAUCUGCACCGGACGUCAGGAGCCCCCCAGGGGCCUGGGAUGGCCAGUGUCCCCCACAUUCCUCCCCUCCGCACCCACUCGGGGACUCCUGGCCCCUCUUCCUGUGGCAAUUCACCAAGCCCUGCUCUUGGGAACCUCGCUAAUAGCCUCCAUCUCAAGAUGCCCUCUGGAGGAGGGAUGGCCCCUCAGGGCAACAUGGCCGAGAACCCCAUCCACCUGCCUGCUCUGAGCCCCCGGAGACAAGUGCUGACCAAUGGCAAGCCUCGGUUCGAGGUCACCCAGGCUGGGGGCAUGGCAGGGCCACAUCCUUUAAAGUCAAAGCUGCAGGAGUUUGGAAGGCCUUUUCCUCCAGAUCUUGGGAAAGGGGCUCUUGCCUUUGGGCCUCAGUGCAAGUCCAUUGGAAAAAGCAGCUGCAACAAUCUAGUGGUUACCAGCAGUCCCAUGAUGGUUCAGCGACUGGGACCCAUUUCACCUCCAGCAAGCCAGGUCUCUACAGUGUGCAACCCCAUCAGUCCUAGCUUGCAGAGGGCCAUGAAUGCAGCCAACCUGAAUAUACCUCCUUCAGAUACCAGGUCCCUUAUUUCACGUGAGUCUUUGGCUUCCACGACUCUGAGUCUGACAGAAAGUCAGUCAGCAUUGAGUGUGAAACAAGAGUGGGCUCAUGGCUACAGGACUCUCCCUUCACUUCCUUCCAACCAUGGAUCUCAGAACGGCAGUGAUCUAGGGGACAUCCUGGGCCUUCCUCCCGGGACACCCAUGUCCAGCAGCAGUGUCUCUAAUGCACUACCGCCCUACCUUUUCAGCAUGGAGAAUAGCCAUUCUCCCUACCCUAGUCCCCGGAACUCUUCUACCAGGUCCCACUCAGCCCGCUCCAAGAAGAGGGCCCUGUCCUUGUCCCCGCUGUCUGAUGGCAUUGGCAUAGACUUCAACACCAUCAUCCGCACUUCGCCCACGUCCCUGGUUGCCUACAUCAACAGUUCCAGGGCUUCCCCGGCUAACACGUCCCCUCAGCCAGAGGUCUAUGGCCAUUUCCUGGGUGUGCGCGGUAGCUGCAUCCCCCAGCCCUGCUCUGUUCCAAGCAACCAGAAGGGUCUGCUGGUGGCCAGUGGUGGCCUAGCACUCCCAGCCUAUGGGGAGGACGGUGUGGCUGAAUAUGAGCGCAUGCAGCAGCUGGAGCAUGGUGGCCUGCAGCCUGGCCUCGUCAGCAACAUGGUUGUACAGCAUGGCCAGUCUGCUAGCCUGCUGAAGACUGAGCGCCCGGAUGACUUCUUGGGGAGCACCCUGGACCUGCCUUCUGCACCCCCUCUCACUCCCUUGCCACCCCCACCCCAAGGCCCCCCACCACCCUACCAUGCCCACUCACACCUUCACCACCAAGACCUGGUCCCCCAUGCUCAGCCCCUGCCCCUACCCCAGGCUGCCCUGGAGGAGGAUGGGGACAUGGAUGACCUCGGGGGCAAGCACUGCUGUCACUGGAUAGAUUGCAGCGCCCUGUAUGACCAGCAGGAGGAGCUUGUGCGGCACAUCGAGAAGGUCCAUAUUGACCAACGGAAAGGAGAAGACUUCACUUGCUUCUGGGCUGGUUGUCCACGCAGGUACAAGCCCUUCAACGCACGCUAUAAGCUGCUCAUCCACAUGCGAGUCCACUCUGGGGAAAAGCCCAACAAAUGCACAUUUGAAGGUUGCAAGAAGGCCUUUUCACGGCUCGAAAAUCUCAAGAUUCACUUGCGGAGUCACACGGGCGAGAAGCCGUACUUGUGCCAGCACCCAGGCUGCCAGAAGGCGUUCAGUAACUCCAGCGACCGCGCCAAACACCAGCGGACGCACCUGGACACUAAACCUUAUGCUUGUCAAAUUCCAGGAUGCACCAAACGUUACACAGACCCAAGUUCCCUCAGAAAGCACGUGAAAGCACAUUCUUCCAAAGAUCAGCAAGCAAGGAAAAAGUUGCGGUCUAGCACGGAGCUCCAUCCGGAUCUGCUCUCGGACUGCCUUACGGUGCAGCCCCUGCAGCCGGCCACUUCCCCACAUAAUGCUGCUGCCGAUGGGGCUGUGGGAUGUUCCCCGGGGCCUGGGCCUGACCUCUAUUCAGCUCCCCUUUUCUCCAGCAAUCACUCGAGCCGAAGUGGAACAGCUGCCGGGGCUGGGCCACCCCCACACGCUGUCAGUCACCCUUCUCCGGGACAUAAUGUACAGGGGAGCCCCCAUCACCACCCCUCCCAGUUACCUCCACUCGCAGCUGUGGACGCGGGAGCUGAGAGGUUUGCACCUUCUGCUUCAUCUCCACACCACAUCAGUCCCCGGAGAGUAGCAGCCCCCUCCUCAAUCCUGCAAAGAAUCCAGCCACCUCACACCCAGCAGCCAGCAGUGUCCCACCUGAAGUCCUAUCAGUCAGAAGCAAACACUCCUUUUCAACCAAAUGGCAUCCAUGUCCACGGAUUUUAUGGGCAGCUGCAGACAUUCUGCCCCCCGCAUUACCCCGACUCCCAGAGAGCCGUGCCGCCCAGCAGCUCCUGCAGUGUGGUGCCCUCCUUCGAGGACUCCCUGGUCCCUACCUCUAUGGGCCAGGCUGGUUUUGAUGUUUUCCACAGAGCCUUCUCAACUCACUCGGGCAUUACAGUGUGUGAUUUGCCUUCGGGUUCCUCAAGCCUCUUUGCAGAGUCCCUUCGCAGUGGGCCUGAAGACACCACAUUCUUGCAGAUCAGUGCAGUGGAUCGCUGUCCUAGCCAGCUCUCUUCUGUCUAUACUGAAGGCUAAAAGCUCCCCUGGCCUCUCCUGCAUACCCAGAACCUUUCUGUUGCUUGUCCCCCUUUUUUUUUUUUUUUCCAUACUCUUACAGACUCCAUGAGGAAGGAUGUCAACCAAAUCAGC